UUGGUUAACCCUUUGUUGCUAGGACACCUUACAGAGUUUACAAAUGUCCAAUGUAUAAUAGCAAAAUGGCUAAUAUCGGUGUACUUUCUGCGUCUAUUUCAGGCCGGACUUCAUUUAUCUUAUUCCUCGUCAGUUUUGUCCGCCCUCAGAACGCUCUGGUUUUUCAGCCGUCGUUUCUUAUCUCCAACGGACCAAAAGUCUCUGCAUUUCUGCUGGGAAACACAUCAAGGAUCUCACUGAAUCUGAAGACGGUUUCUGUUUCCAUCACAACAGGAAGCACUGGUUCACCAUCAUGUGUAACAGAAGCAACACGGUGGGCACUCACAACUGAGCAAAUGGGAAAGAGUGCAAUUCGUGUUCAACUGACACUGAAUCAAAGCCUGCAUUUGUGUGGUGAGAACGAAACGAGUCCCGACUGCUGUCCGAAACCGCAGUGUGUUCUGGAAACUCUUCAGGUGUCCGCCUGCCUUGGAAGCAGACCCCAGGCGUCACUGCUGAUCCAAGCCACCAUAAACGCCCGGUUGUUUCCUCCUCAUGCAGGAUCUGAUAAUAACACAGUAUUUCCAAACCAAGUGUACCAACCUCUUGGUGUUUGUCCAUGUGACCUGACAUCCAGAGCAUGUGAUGUACGCUGCUGUUGUGACCAGGACUGUUCCAACGAAGAUCUAAAGAUUUUUGCGUCCCACUGUCUGCUAGGACCCUUUGGGGGACAGGUCUCUCCUGCUCCAGAUUUCCAGUGCUCUGUGCAUUCUGCUGAAAACUCCCCAGACUGGUUUGAAUUUUUAUGUGUCACUUCUCCACCUGAAAACAACCCCUACCUGGGUCUCUUCUAUCAAGGAGACACAAUUGCACCCAGGCCUGGCCCAUCCUUCCAAGAGCCUGUGCGGUCUGCUCCAAUGCCAUUUACUCCUUAUAUUCAGGGAAGUCCUGUUGUCACAUCCGAUGACAAGUACUUCGCUAUACCUCAGAUGGUCCUGGGACGGUGCUCUGGUGCUCCUGUGGCCUUUCUGCAAAAUUUCGAAGUAGAGUGUAUAACUCGCUUUGACUCAUGCCCAACUGGUCCUCCCUUAAAAACGCUGCAGGAAGAUUUGAGCGUUGACGUGCUGAAUGGGCAAGGCGGUGUUGUGAAGGUAAAUUUAACUGAUGACAAGACCCCAGAUUUGUUCCUUUCAAGUGGUCUAGGUGAGAGGCUGAGGUGUGAGAAAAUGACCUUAGCGCUAGAUUACAAAUUCUACUGGAAAGAAAAUGCCAUCACCAAUAUCUCACUGACUCGCACUGUUGGGACAGUUAUCUCGAAUGGAAUUUUGACUACAAGAUAUUCUGUUGUGUUUCUAAAUGGAGAAUCUAUGGCCGAGCCCAACUCAGGAAAUCCAGGUUAUCAAGUGGGACGACCUGUUAUUGCUGGCAUUCUGGUCAAUAACACAGAGUUAAUACAGAGGACACCGAUCAAUGUUUGGAAACCAGUGGGUGAUGGUCUCUGUUCCACUGACAGCAUGAAGCCAGUUGUGUUUGGGGAGAAUUCAACUUCAGGUUGCUUGCUGCCUAUCGGGAAGCAAAAUAUGACUCAGUGUGAUCUCCUGAGAGAGACUGUUGCUGCUCUGCAGAGUUCUCUGACCACAGCGGCAUAUGUAGCACAGCGUGGUAACCCAGAUCUUACAACUAUGACAGACUGGCUAAACAUAAGCUUUGUGACACCAAACUCAAGCUCAGUGAUGAACAACAAUUCAGGUGUGUGCAGCGAUAUUCCAUUUCAUCAACACAUCAGUGUUUGGAGCCUCACCACCAGCUUGGUAGAUGGAAUACCCCAAAGAGAAAUCCAAGCUUUAGAAAUCAGUUAUGGCAUGUCUACUUGGGCUCUGGAUUGUAGGGGAGGUAGCAUCUCUGUAUGUGAGGACCCAGAAAAAAGACAGUUGUUCCCAAUCAUCUCUUCAGUCACCUUUUUUGACAUCGAUACAGGACCAGCCAAAACCAGGUUUCAGAUCAACUUCACAGAGUAUGACUGUGACAGGAAUGAUGUGUGUUGGCCUGAGCUCGCCUUUCCCUUCACCAGAUAUUAUACAGGUGAACCUUAUUUCUUGUCGUUGGCCAAAGGGAUGAUUUUAGUUUUCAUGUUUGUUACUGCAGCAAUUCUUGGAACUCCAUGGAGACAAAUAAGACAGGCCUGGCACAAUGUUUGACUCCGAUACUUAGAAAAUUUAAAGGAUGAGUUUCAGGUAAAUCAGCAAAAGUGCAAAAUACUAAAUAGUCUGAAAUGCUGUGUAUUUUUCUAUAAAUAUUGAUUUUAUAAAUGUGGACAUGUUCUAUUUAUGCACUUAAAGUGUAUUUGCAUAUUUUUGUAAUAAAGAUAUUUUUUAAAAUAUG